UGUUUCGCGUGUCAGACGCUUCGGUUCGCGUCGCGCGCGUUCCGUUGGCGGCGACUUUUUGGGCGAGAUUAUUUAAUAACAAUUUAUAAAUAAUUCAGCGACGAGAAAAUAAACAUUUAUCGGACUGGACUUUGCCUUAAAAGUAUGCUAUAUAGCAGUAAAAUCCCUUGUGAUUUGUAGUCCAGUCUUAAUAAUAAUAUAAAAAAGAAAAUGCACAGCAAAUGCAGAAAGUGAAAAUAACAUAAGAACUUGAAAUAAUCAACUGAACACAAAAACAAAAUAAAAUCAACUCUUCAAUGUAAAUAAAUCAAUGAACGCUGAAACAUUCUAUGGAAUUUUAAUUAAAUUAAAAGCUAACAAAGUAUAUGUUUUGGAAACCUAAGAAAAUAAGAGAAAGAAAAACUAAAACCUAUUAAAACAAUCAGCCAGAUAACUUAAAAACUAGAAACUCCGAUUGCUAAUAAUAACUUUAAAUAGCUGAAAAAUAGUUGGAUCAGUAGAAAUUAUUUCAAAGAGACCGACAGUCAAAUGAAAAUUCAAUUUCACUUGCAACAGAAACAAAUAAACAUAAAGCGAAGGCCUACAAAAAUAUGAGAGAAGAAAUUCCUACACAGCACACUAGCUAAAUAAAUACAAGCAAUGGCGUCCAAUAGUGUAUUAAAAUAAAUAUAAAAGCAUAAGCAAGCAUACAAAUAAAAUAUUUAAUUUAAAUAAAGUGAAAUACAAACCAAAAAAACAAAAACAAUGUCGAUGGCAUUAUGCAAUUUGAACGGCGACGGCAGCGCGGCGCAGUCGGCGUCGCAGUCGCAGUCGCCGGCCGUCGCGGCAGCGCACUCGCACACGCUGCAGCAGGAGAGCACGCCGCUGCUUCUGGGCCACGACCAGAGCAGCGCUGCGGCAGAGGUCGCCGGCAGAGGCGGCGGCGACGUCUCCAGCGGAGCAGUCACCUCCAUUGAAAUGCCCACUGUCGCAGGCGGCGACUCUGCUGCAGUACCGCCGCUGCCUCUGCCGGCGUCGCUGCCGACGCAGCCGCCAGCGCAGCCCCCGCUGCUCAUGGCGCUGCCCGCCAACCUGAACUUCGUUCCGGGACCCACGACGCAGCAGCUGAUGAUCGGCAACGGCGCCGUCGGCGCCAUUCCCUCGACCAACGACAACAAUAACAACAACAACGUGGACAAUACUAGCGACGAGUCGAACCCGGUCACCAUUUACAGGUGCCGGGCUCCCAUUGCGUCACUCGACUGUAUGGAGGAGUUCAGUGGUACGGGCGGUCAUCUUGAUUUCGGCCGCUCCAUCAGCCUGGGCUCCAACCCGGCGCUGCCGCUGCGCCACGGCUCCACGCCGACGCCGGGGCUGCGGUACAAGAACCUGGGCAAGAGCGGACUCCGCAUCUCCAACGUGGGCCUGGGCACCUGGCCCGUCUUCUCGCCGGGCGUGAGCGACGACCAGGCGGAGGCCAUCCUCAAGCUGGCCAUCGAGAGCGGCAUCAACCUGUUCGACAUCUCGGAGGCGCACUCGGAGACCGAGAUCGGCAAGAUCCUGCAGCGCGCGGGAUGGAAGCGGACCGCCUACGUCAUCACCACGAAGGUCUACUGGAGCACCAAGUCCGAGGAACGGGGUCUCUCCCGGAAGCACAUCAUCGAGUGCGUCAGGGCCAGUCUGCAGCGACUGCAGCUGCAGUACAUCGACAUCGUCAUCAUUCACAAGGCGGAUCCCAUGUGCCCCAUGGAGGUGGUGCGCGCCAUGAGCUACGUCAUACAGCAGGGCUGGGCCAUGUACUGGGGCACCGCCCGCUGGAGCCAGGUGGAGAUCAUGGAGGCCUACACCAACUGCCGCCAGUUCAACUGCAUCACGCCCAUCGUGGAGCAGUCCGAGUACCACAUGUUCUGCCGCGAGAAGUGCGAGCUCUACCUGCCGGAGAUGUACAACAAGAUCGGCGUGGGCCUCAUGGCCUGGGGCCCCCUCUCGAUGGCCCUCAGCGACACCCAGAACGGCGACAAGCUCUUCCUGCCCAAGGGCUCCUUCAAGACGAAGAGCUUCUCGUGGACCGAGGACGAGAUCAACCGCAAUGCCGCUCUGUCGCCGCAGGGCAGUUGGGGCAAGGACCGGAUCGAGGAGGGGCGCCGCCACUGCGACCGCCUCCGCGACCUGGCCGCGCUCGCCGAGAAGCUGGGCUGCAGCCCCACCCAGCUGUCGAUCGCCUGGUCGCUGAAGCACGAGCCCGUCCAGUGUCUGCUGCUGGGCGCCACCUCGGCGGAGCAGCUGCACCAGAGCCUGCAGUCGCUGCAGCUGCUGCCCCGGCUCUCCUCGAGCGUCAUGCUGGAGCUGGAGCGGAUCCUGGAGAACAAGCCGGUGCGGCCGCCGAUGAUCUCGACCCUGGCGCUCCGGUGACAAUCAGCGUGCCCGCAGGGGCCGCUCAGCCUGAGCGGCGGCGGACCCUGCGGCGCCGACUCGCCGAAGCACGAGGAUGAGGCCUUCAUCGAGGAGGUGGACGCUGCCAAGGACGCUGCCAAGCAGGGCUUCUGCCUCAUCCAGUGACGAAAGGAGUCCUUAGAUAACGAUAAUAAAUUUUUGAAAGUGAUUAGCAGUAAAACUAGCCUAAGUAGCAAUACCAUGACGACAACAAUAAGCAAGCAGGAGCAGCAGCAACACCUGCAGCAGCAACACCUCCAGCAGCAGCAGCAGCAGCAGCAGCAGCAAUAUGUGCAACUUCAGCAGCAACCUUUGCUGACCAGCGAUUCGGUAGUGGUUCCCAUCGCAGCUGACCUCCAGUUCGACACCCUGAACAACAAUAACCAACACAACAGCACCGGCAGUCCGGACCAGGCCCUGCCCCCCAGUGACGAGCCCCAGAAGCGCCGCUCCCUGCUGAACUUCAAGUCCCUGGACUUCCACCUGAAGUCCCUGUACAGCGGCCUAAGGAGUCACUCGGGCACGGGUACUCCGCCCAGUCAGCCGAACAGCUCCGUUCCAGCGGUGGAUCAGCCGCAGCGCAGGAUGCCAUACCUGCGGGUGGAGAGUGUGGAUCCCGAGGAGCCGAGGGGAUCGGUCAUCCACCCCGGGCACUCGCCCAGCUUCCUCUCGCCCUACAGUGGAGCAGCAGCAGCCGGAGCUGCCAGCCUGCAGCUGCCCUCGAGCGAUGGAGCCACCAUCAGGAGAUCCUCCACCUCGGACAUAGUUAGUUGCAAGCGGGGAGGGGGAGCUGGGGGAUCAGGGGGAGGAGCCGCCUCUGCCCAGGACAGCCGGAGGCCCAGCACAUCGGACUUGCUCAGAAAGGCCAGGGAACGCAAGGGCAGUGAGGCCCGGAUGGGCAGGAGCGUCUCCCACAGCGGGCUGACCAGGGGCGGACCCGGCGGAGGAGGCGGUGGCCUGGGGGGCAGAAGAACCAGCAUGGCCUUCUAAGGAAGAAAUCCAACCCGAGUGGCGAAACAUGGCGAAAACUGUUGAUCAAAUCUGAAUCAUAAAUAGGCUGACAAAAUGGCGCUUAUGAAUUUUUAUCUAGUAAAAAGGGAAAACCAAAGCAAAAAUACCAAAAAAUACCAAUAAUAGAGCAGCUGUUAAGGAACGACUUUUUUGUGGAUCUAUUAUCAUUAUGAUUAUAAUAUGGUUACUAUAAUUGCGCCUCGAAAAGAACUUAAGUUAGUAGACAACAAGAAAAACAAGCAAUGGACAGAAACACGACAUUUCAUCUCUCUUAAACUCUGUAUUCUCUCUCCCCGCAGUUUAAUAUAUAACCUAUAUUUAAAGAGCCCCAACUUUUAUGACAAUAUUAGAACCUAACUAUCGUGUAUAUCGUUGACUAUCGCCUGGCAAAAGCUCUAAACUAACCUGCGUUCUGGCCCCAAAACCAAAGAGAAAAUUACUCAAGAUCGAUCCAUUAUAUCAUCUUACUGUGAGAGUUCAUAUCAAGCGAAAGGAUGCCCAAGAUAGUAUGGGGAUGCGAGGAGAACAUCUUUUUGAUUAAUUGAUUAGAAGAAGACUUAACGAGUGCUAACGAUUUUGAUUGUGGCGCUCGAGGAGAUCGAUAGCGAUUAAAGAUCACGAUAAGCGACAGACGAUAAAUGAUAAACGAUAAGCGAUAAAGCAAGGGGAAAUUCGUCGGAUAAUUAAAUUUUAGCUAAACAAAAGAAGAAAAAGAAAAACUCAAGUGAAAAACAAAGAAACAAUUCAAAUCAAAUCUUAUUAUAUAGACAUUACUAGCAUUAUGUAGUUAAAUAACAACAAUUCAAGCGAAAUUUUUUUAAAUCAACAAACGAAAAACAAAGCAAAUGCCUUUCAUAACAGCAACAACAACAACAACAACAAAUAGUUUAUAUUUUAAAUAUAUGCAGUCUUAUAUAGAUAUACACACACAUAUGUGAGGCAAGCGAAAGCGACGAAAUAAACAGCAGCCACAAAUUGUUAUUAAUUAAUUGUAGUCCAUUGUCCCGAGGCCCACGAGGCCCAUAUCCCACACUUCAUGUAAGCAACAAAAGCAAAGCGAAAGCAAACACCAAUAUAGCAAUAUGUAGGUUAUACAUAUGGGGGCGUUCCCGAGCCGAACCCCUCCCGAAUACCAUGUAUUUUACCAUCAUUAUCGAGUACACAUAUAUAAAGUCUUUCUCACAUACGGACUGUGAUUUCAUAUAAAGUAAACGUAAACAAAGUAAACAAUUAAUUAUUAUACCUAACCUAAUGUAACUAAGGGCUAAGUUCAUUCGAGGGAUCUCGCAGAUAGACACUCACACACCGCCCCCGAAAAACAACCAAGUAGUUUGAGAGGCUGUUGGAAGACAGCCCGUAAAUAGCAAUUUUCAAGUCGAAUGGCAUUAUAUACUCUACUCUACAAUUAAUUAACCAAAUGCGAUUGCCUUAAUAACGAAUAAUAACACAGGAUCGGGUCGGAUCGGAUCGGAUCGGAUCGGAUCGGAUCGGAUACAACCCAGAGGGGCCGGUUUCCUCCAACUGCAGCUCCAGACCGGAAUACAUCAAAGACACGCCACCACUCGCAUACUUAUUCCCCGCACUGUUGCUUGAGGAAUCGCCCCGAGCAGGGGGUAGAUACACCUUGGUUUGGCUCCUUCGGAUCACUCGCAGAAUAUUUACACGCAUAUGGGAGUGCCAUGCAGAGUAAUUGCAUUUUUAGUAAGUAGUUAAUCCGUCCUCGACAACGGCUAACCAAGCGAAGCAAUGGCGACAGGGCGCUGCUCAAGUUGAAAGUCGAAAGCACUUCGAAAACCUUCCACGCUCCUCAUGUCUUGUUUGCAUAUUGCCAGCGCUACUCCUUACUUUAUUCGAGAACUCCAUUCCAAGCACUGUGGAGCCCAAAGUUUGUUGUUUAGAGGUUGUGAUAUAAGAGAACCUUCUUAAUUGGGGAAACUGCUGAGAAAAUCAAAUACAUAUCUGCAAAGAGCAAGUUAUAUUCGUUUAAACUGUUGUUAUAUGUUGGCCCACGAAUCGAUGCUGGUGCAAAUAUUGCUUUCGAAUAAGUUAGGCCUUCAGAAUUAGGUGUCAAUUUUGCGUAAAUACCAAAGGUAUCUCCGAUGAUUUUGUAAAGCGCGUUCAGCCGGGUCAAUCAAUAGAGCAGCGCCCGUCCGUAGAUGCAAUCAUCAAUUGUGGCCACGCCCCUUUAGGAACAAAUACAGCCGUAACGUGUGAACCGGAAAGCAAUAAUUCGAGAUAGUGCUGAGGAAAGUUCAGCAAACCAAUCGAUGUACAUACGAGAAACAGCAGCAGGAGAGCACACACGCAGUUGCAUUAUGAGGUUCAUUUAGUCUGUUGUUAUCGCAGUUACUACCACGAUUAUUAUGAGUACGAUUAUUACUACACGUAGCUAGUAACCGAAUGAGAAUCAGCCACUAUACGCCUAGGCCUGAAAGCAACCAGAAGUACACUCACACAAGCCCUUGCCGUUAAAGUUAAAGUUAACACACACACAGACCACACCUACACUGAGAGAAAUCAAGGAUAGCGAACGCAAAUGCAGCAGCGAAAGCAACCGAAACGGAAAGUACUAGGAGGCCGAGGAGCGCGGCGAUUAAGUCUAGUCAACAAAUUUUACUUUACACCAACCAGAAUAUUUGUAACAACUGCAAUACUAAGCGAGGAGCGGUUGAGCGGUUGAGCGGUUGAGCGGGAGCGUAUAUAUAAUGAAUAUCUUAAAAUUAUUUUCUUAUCGAAACUGGCAAUAAUAAAUAUUAAUAUUAACUUAACUAAAUAAUUAUAUUGUACACGCGCGAGAACCUCGCAAGUAAACUUCGCAUAGAUGAAGCACUUGGAGGACCACAAGAACCGAAGGAACACCCGAAACACAGUACACUGAGAGAAAGCUCGCCUACACACACACUUGAUUUGAAAUUAGGUCCACGCCAAGCGUACACACCAGCACACACACACACACACACACACACACACACAGUAGCCGGUACUGCACACCCACACGCACGAGAUCAGCUUUACUUUAGAGUUUCGAAGAUUAAUUGCAGGGCUGUCGCCUAGGGUUGCCUAGAGAUCGCUGGAACCCGCUCCAACCCAGACGCUUGCAUAUAGCCCUAGAUAAGAUAUAUACGGAGCACAUAACAAGCAGUACUGCAGUACGCUCGUAUUAUUUCGCUAAGUUACUAGAAAACAAGCAUAGUGCAGGAUGACCUCUUGGUGGGCGAACAAGUCCAAUGCGAAUGGGCGAACGAGGGCGAUUGUUUACAUUUCACUUUUAAAGCCACAUUUAAUACUAAUAUUUCGAAAGCUAAUUAAAUAAGUUAUAACAAUAACGAACAGCAACCAGAACAACAAUGGGCAGCAAAGAGCAACACAGCUAAUACUGAAAAAUUAUAUAAAAAUACAACUCUUAUCUUUCAACCAAAAA